CAAUAUUAAACCAAUGCAUUUCAAUCUGGAGAUUUUUUCGACUUCAGAAGGGGGGGCAGGCAGGGCAGCGCAGUGCAGUGCACGCUCUAGUUAUGGAUUGGUCUAAACAACAAUCUGAUUUAUCCGAUUUUUGCAGCAGACCCCCUCAAAAACUGAAACUAACCACAUCCCUUAAACCAAGUCUCACACCAGAAUGUAGUAUAACUAUGUUGGUCCACAGCGGAAAACACAUCACAAUAACUGCUCUAAACAUCCUGAGUGUGUACGAGUGUGUAUUUAUUGACUAUUUCUAUUUCUGAUUGAAAUGCUCAUUGCAAGCAUCCUAUGUCUACUGUGCCCCAGGGAAGCAUGGAUUUGGGGCUGCUAUUCUGUUUAAAUGUCUCAUGAUCUAAAUGGCCUGUGUGUUAAAAAUAUAUUUUUUAUAUAUAAAAAAUACGUUUUUCUCUUGUUCCACUGCUCUGUAUCUAGAGUGGUGAUCUACCACAUCCGGGAGACAGCAACCCUAUGAGAAACUCUUCUCUUGUCGUGCCACUUUGUGAAACCUGACAAUUAUUAUCACACCUUGCUGCAAGUCAAGGUGUGAAGAGGAAGGAAGUCUUUCAAUGCUGCUGAUGCCACUUCACUGCAUGAACUGGCAGUCUGGACCCACAGACUAGAAGUGUGUUUUAUUAUUUCCGCAGAACAACAGAGUGAGAGAGGAGAGGACUUACCAUGUCUUUAAGAUCAGCAGCAAGAGGAUUUCUAGCUUUCCUUCUGUCAGUACCAGUGCUUCAGGGUAUUGAUGAAUGGACGGUUACUUACUCACCUAGUAAUGUCUGCGCUUUAAGAAAAUCGACGGUUGACCUCAGUUGCACUCAUGAAUACCCUGACAACGUACAGUACCGCCCUAACACAGUCCAUACACUGUGGUUUACUAAAGUAUCCAACGAUCAGCCUGUUGAUCUGCGAGGGGAUGCAGACUAUACAGGUCGUGUUGGAUACAGCUGUGGAGAGGUCAGAUGUACUGGGUCCAGAUGUCAUGGAACAUGUACCCUGAGAAUCAAAGACCUGAGAGAGAGUGACUCUGAUGUCUACAAGUUUAGGUUCACAACAAACCAACCACGUGGGGAAUAUACUGGGGACCCUGGAGUGACAUUAUCUGUAACAGAUCUCCAGGUGAAGGUGUCCUUUCCUGACCCUCCCGAUCCUACCAGGGCAGAGCUGGAGUGUCACAGUAGGUGUGGUCUAGCUGGUGACCCUCCCUACAUCUGGUUCAGAAAUGGACAGAAUCUAAGACAUGGAGAGAAGAACUUGGUCCAACCUCGGUCUGGAGGCAGCUACUCAUGUGCUGUUGAAGGACACAAUCUCAGCUCUCCUUUAGUGUACGCUCCAAAGACCCCCUCAGUGACCGUGAGUCCAUCUGGUGAAAUAAAGGAGGGCAGUUCAGUGAAUCUGAGCUGCAGCAGUGAUGCCAACCCAGCAGCUGACUACACCUGGUUCAAGGUCAAUAUAGAUCAUUUCUCCAGAGACAUGAACCACGGACAACCGCUCGUCUUUGGACACAUCCUGUCUACAGACUCUGGACAAUAUCGUUGUGACGCACAAAAUAAGCUAGGGAAAGAAUCAGUCUCCAUCUCUAUCAAUGUCCAAUAUGGACCCAAACACACAUCUGUGUUAUCAAGUCCCUCUGGUGGAAUAGAGGAGGGCAGUUCAGUGACUCUGAGCUGCAGCAGUGAUGCCAACCCAGCAGCUAACUACACCUGGUUCAGGGAACAUGAAGUCCCAGUGAAAGAAUCAGGACAGAACUACACCAUCACUCAUAUCACAUCUGAGCAUGGAGGAAACUAUUACUGCCAAGCUCAUAAUGAAAUCGGACGUCACAAUUCCCCCUUUUUAUUCAUUAAAGUGACAUCAUCAUCACAUACAGCAAUGGAAGCUGUAACAACCAGUGUUAUGUUACUGGCCACCAUACUUCUCCUUCUCGUCUUCCUCUCAUUGAGAAGAAAGAGGGCCUCAAGAAAGGCAUGUGGACAGGAAGGAAGGCCAGAUACUGUGGAGGAGCCACUUCCUGUUCCUGUGUAUGAAAACGCCUCAGCUCUGACCAAUCAAAUGGUUCCUACACUUGGAGAACGAAAUGAAGAGAAGGAUGACGCCCUUCACUGUGCCAGCAUCCACGCCUCUCGCUCAGAGAACCAGGAAGUUCCUCGCUGGUUGACUGGUUCUCGUGUCCAAUCAGACCAGACAGAUACAUCCUUUUACUCUGUGCUCAACAUUAAGAGACUCAACGCUGUCCCUGGUUCUGUCUUUUCAGAGAAAGUGACCAGACAGAAACCUCAGAAGUUUACAGCAACGUCAAAGAAUAACCUGGAGAUUGAACCAGUGGCAGCAGCACGAUUUAAAUAGUAGUGAAGAGGAGGUUUUGGGAAUAUCUAGUGCUGGCUUUAGACCAGGGGUCGGCAACCCUAGGCACGCAUGCCAACACUGGCACGUGGCAGCAUAAUCAUUGGCACACUUAAGAAAAUGUCACAGCACAAUGUGGCAGCAUAAUCAUUACUACCGGGUUUUUUUGCACUUUUUUGUUUAAAUGAGAUACUGAAAGCAGUGUUCUGAAAUGGGAUCAAUUAAUAGUAUGUAGCCUAAACCUAUGUUGUGAGUAAUAGAGAAGAAAAUAUUUAAAAUAUUGUGGCAAGUGGCCUGUAUGCAUCGCCUUCACAUGGUUUUGCAAAGCUGUACAUGUCUUAAAGAUAUGAGGAUGGUUCCAACAUUCUCAUAUAUUCUCGGUUUCUCACAUUGGAAAUAUGUUUUUGAAUGAGUUUCUGGAAGUUGUGUGUUAAGAUGGGACAUAUGUAAUUAUAAUUUGUAAUCCAAUGUUGCAAAUAUAACAGCAAAAAAAUCAUUAUACAAUUCCAGGUCUUCUGGAAAUGUUUUUGGUCGCUGUGUCAUAAUUCAGCUUAAUAUAUAAUAUAUUUUUGCUUAAGGCACACAUUAACGAGAAAAUGUCAAACUGGCACUGCAUGUUGAAAACUUUGCUGACCCCGGCUUUAGACCAAUGGGAGUGUCGGUGAGAACACAGGGUUGUCCAGUCAGAGUUCCAAGUUUUAUGGGCUUUAUUGUCCAAAGGUGUGAGCAGGACUGUGUUGUAGGCUAAUGUUAUGCAAGCCGACAGCUCCCCCUAGUGGGCUUGUGUGUGUAUGGACUCGGGCAGUCAACACGUGCCAGUCUUGUUAUGUGACAACGCGUUCAAUACAUGCUUAAGAGACUCA